UCUAACUCUAGACUUCCUGUUUCCAACGGAUAAUCGUUACAGACAAGCCUCUUUUACUAUGACGACAGCAGCAGUUUUUGGCUCUACAGGGGCAGUGGGCGGCCAGAUCCUCGCUACACUUCUUGCCGCUGACGCCUUCUCAUCCGUCAAAACUGUGUCAAGAAGAUUACCAAAUGUACAGUCUCCCAAGCUACAGACCCUGGAAGAAGGUGACAGCUCGAAAUGGGGCGACAUGAUCGCCUCUCUUUCCCCAAAGCCAUCGAUAGUCUUCAACGCAGUCGGCACCACGAGGGCUGCAGCCGGCGGAAUCGAGAAUCAGUGGAAGAUCGACCACGACUUAUGCAUAGACAACGCCAGAGCAGCCAAGGCGGCAGGAGCGAAGACGUACGUGUUUAUCUCCAGCGGAGGCACCAGGGGCUUUUUCUCUCGCUACGUCCCCUACUCGAAGAUGAAGAUUGGCGUGGAGGAUACUAUCAAGGAGCUCGAGUUUGAACAUAGUAUCAUCCUGAGGCCUGGGUUGAUCCUCCAGAGGGAAAAGCCCAAAGCUGCGUUAUUGGAGAACAUUGUUCAAAAUCUAAAUAAGCUGGGCCAAGGUGUGCAGGACAUGAUAGGUCAGGAUCAAACUAUUAUUGGUAGAGCAGCUGUUGUGGCUGCUCGUAUGGCGGAAGACGGGAAGGCACCAUCAAAAUACUGGGUUCUUGAACAAGCUGAUAUCGUAAGAUUAGGCAGAGAUGAGUGGAAGGAGUAAUGCUUCUUUGCCAAGCAGAGUUUGCUGGUAUACACGGGUUGCCCUUUAAGAUUUAUAAUGUGGAUUGCGGCAUAGCACUCAUAUCCAAAUUUCAUAGCGUAGUUUAUACUUCGUCGA